ACAGAUAGCAAAAACAUAUCAGAAAGCAUAUCAAAUCCGGAUGCAGAUAGGAAGUCCCUUCAGUUCUUCAUUGUCCAUAAUCUGACAAGGCUUUAGGUUAGCCACAAGAAAUUUGUCAUGAAAAUUAAAGACAGAUACGGGGAAGAUGGAAAUUCGAGUAAUAUGAACACUCUCAGUAUUUCAGACCAGAUUGGGUUUGCCUCAGCUGCUACCACAACCUUUGAGAUAAGUGAGCCUCGAAGCCAAAGAAAGCCAUCCACAUGCUGUCUUCAGGCGACCCUCGGCAUCUACCUGCUGCUGCUGACGGCCGGCCAGGGGCUGCUGGCGUACAAAGUGUUUAAGAUGCAGAAAGAGCUAUUGAAAUUUCAAGGACUAAAUACCUCCUAUACGGAAGAGAUUAUGGAAAGCUCCUUUGCCAACAAACUGUUUUCGGAGAGAAACUCUGUAGAGGAGUACAUGGGACAUGAAGAAAACUGGAGGAGAAGCUUAGAAGAGGAAAUCACCAUAAUUAAAAGCAGCAAUGCAAACCUGAUGAUGAUGAUGAACAACAUCACCCUGGUUGCAGGGCCUCCUGGACGCAAGGGAGAUCCUGGUCCACCAGGGCUACAGGGACCACCGGGGACAAAGGGAGACCGAGGAAUCCAAGGCUUACAUGGACUGCAGGGUGCGAAAGGGAGCAAAGGAGAAUCUGGUCCUGCUGGCCCAAGGGGUGAACCAGGAGUGAGAGGAGAAAAAGGAGAGAUGGGGAUUGCAGGUCUCCAAGGACAGAAAGGCGAAACAGGCAAGAAGGGAGACGCCGGGCCCCGUGGACCCAUGGGUCCUCAGGGGCAGCAGGGAGUCCCAGGACUGCCGGGUUUCAAUGGUAGCACGGGGGAGCCUGGACGUCCUGGGCAGAAAGGAGAGGCAGGCGUAACCGGACAACGUGGACCUGUAGGAAUUCCUGGCCUCGAGGGCAGACCUGGUCAGAAAGGGGAGAAGGGGGACCACGGGCUCAGUGGUAUUCCAGGAGUACCAGGCAUUGCAGGACUCAGAGGUGAAAAGGGAGACAGAGGAGUAACAGGUGUUCCAGGGCAAAAGGGAGCAAAGGGAGACCAGGGCCUGCCAGGCAGCCCAGGCGUAACUGGUCAAAAAGGAAGCAAGGGUGACCAUGGCAGUCAGGGUCCAAAAGGAGAACCAGGAGCAAAAGGAGCCAAGGGAAGCCAUGGAUUCCCUGGUCCCCCAGGAAUGAAAGGGAGCAAAGGUGCAAAGGGAGAAGGCAACUUCAGUCCUUUUGUACGAAUCGCGGAAGGGGGCAGGAGGGGCCGCGUGGAAAUCUUUCACCAAGGGUCCUGGGGAACAAUAUGUGAUGAUGGCUGGAGCACCCAAGAUGCCACUGUGGUCUGCCGAAUGCUGGGCUAUACACGUGCAAUCGCCACCUUCACAGCCACAGCAGGCGCUGGACAAAUUUGGCUUGAUGACGUGAAUUGCAGAGGGAACGAAGAUUCAAUUUUUGACUGUCCGAAGCCCGACUGGGGUGUGAACAACUGCUCCCACAGUGAGGAUGCUGGCCUGGAGUGCAUUUGAUGGGACACAGAGGCUGCCCUGGGAGCCGCUGCCCGCCUCUGCUCUCUAUGGAGCUCUUCUUCAUAACGCGAACCCAAUUUCAUCAGGUUGUGCUUAUAGUCUCUUUACCAGGCCGUAAAAGCAUUGACAGAGAAAGCUGAAUUUUCCAUAAAUUGAUAACGGUUGUAGGACCCACAGGUAACCUGAAACAUCCCAGCUAUCACGAAACCGGAGCUCAGGCACGUGAGCCAGUUCACAGCUUUUCCAGUUAGCUGACAUCAGCUCAUUUGCAGUAGCUCACAUGUGUGUGACCUCUAAGUCCACGGGGGGGGAGAGAUGGUCCACUUCAGCUUAGUGCAGUAAGAGAGAACAGGAUCAGCGUGCAGAAACGGGCAGUUGCUGCAGCUGCGCUGGCAAGUCCAUCUUCAUCAUAGUACAGUUGUGAAUCCGAGCCUAAAACCCCCAGUGAAGUGCAUACACCCAAGACAGCAGAUGCUCAGAAAUCAUCAGAUGAUCUCUCUGGCAUGCAAAUAUAAAUGCUCUCCAGAAACAAUGCUGAUCACAGGUUAAAGUGCAAAAAUAAAUGCCUGGGAUCUAGGUGCGGUGCUAUCCCGGUUUAGCACAGACCUUGUUUUUGACCUUGGCCAAGUCCCCUGCCUUCUCUGUCAGUGUUUCCUAACCUGUCCCCAGGAGCAAUACCCCUUACCUUAUGUGAUGUAUAAAGCUAAGUGUUUCAUACCUUUAGAAAUUAGGUGCUCCAGUAAAGCAAAGGGAUGACAAAUAAAAGCAAUUUAACUUCCAGAAUGAAAAUAUGGACCCUAAACCAAAGGCUUCUACUUAAAUGAAGUCUUAUAUGUGUCUGAGAUAAUAACUGAAAGGCUUCUUUUUAAGGCCUAAGUCUUCCCCUUUUCCACCAGCACGGGGCAUUCAGCAGGUGACGAGCAGCCUGUGUACAUGUAGCUGAGCACAUCACAACAACCUGCUUGCAGAUACUUGAUUUAAAAUGUCAGAAAUACGUGUAAGUGACCUCACAUCUCUGCCGAAUGUUAGUCAUAAUUGCAUUUGUCUACACAGCUUCGAAACUUGUUUUUAGUGCUUAGAAAUCAGAUAUAAGUGGAAAAACCAAGCAGUGCUGGUAAGAGCAGCAGGCGAUGGGGCAUCCAGGGCCGAUGUGAGUGAGAAGACCCAGCACUGCGCAGGGUGCAACAGUGCAGUCUGCAACAAAGCUCAUCACCAUUUUGAACCAGAGGAAAUGUUUGUUACGGGGUCUCGGGCCUCAGGAAGGAAGUCUGGAAAAUCCCAGGAGUUUUCCACUACCCACUCUGAUGCCUUUGACAGCGGGAAAAUGAAGAGAGACACUUGUCAUUCCUGGCUCUGGUUUAGAGGACACAAGGAGCACCUGCCACAAACCACGGGUGAAACCUGCUGAAUGACAACUGUUUCAAAGCUGGUGGAAGCAGGCAGCGGCUCAUCUGCAUGAGAACAGACAAAAGCUUUCUGUUCUGGUAGGGAGCCCCACCAGCACUAGCAGCAUGCUGAGUACCGGCACUUGGGCUUACACAGCUAUCCGCAGGGCUCCCACGGACAGUGCUGAGCCUGCGCGGGUUCCUUUCAUCUUUUUUUGUGUGGCAGUAUGUAAAUAAAGCAUUUCCACUGUCUGGAAAUAAAGGAUUUACAAGCUGUA